AUGUGUGAGCCAAUGGACUCUUCGUUUGAUUCGAAGAUAGAUGGUGUACAGAAUCAGUCAUCUCCGCAAACUCAACCAGCGGGAGGUAGUGCGACCCAGACUGUCAUGAUCAGCAGCCCUUCAGUGGGCGAUUCCACCAACGUUUUAAAACCUGCUAACAGUUUCACUCCUUUAUUGAGACCUGGGAGCAUGGUUAUGAUGACCCUGACAGAAGAAGAUUACGAGAUGCAAUACUGGCCAAAACUGAAGACUGCAAUUGAUCAACUGUUGAAUAUGAAGCCAGGUGCCUACAUACCAAUUUCUUACGAGCAAAUGUACAGUUGUGUUUACAAAUGUGUGUGCAAGCAGUUCUCAGAGAGACUCUACAACGAUCUAUUAAACCACUUAUCUACCCACAUGGAAUACCUCAACUCAGAGCUAAAAAUUCAUGAGGGCAAAACCAUUCCUUUUAUUGAGACAUUUUCAUUCAUUAUGCACCAGUACCUGCAGGCUCUAUCAGGGAUAGUUCCAAUUUUUAACUACAUGAAUCGUUUUUAUGUGGAAAACAAGUUGAAGACUGACUUGAAUGAGGAGCUUCGAAAACUGUUCCGUUUAAAAGUAGUGGAUGUUCAUAUAACUACAUUGAUAACAAUGCUAUAUGAGGCAAGUUUAGUGCCGUUUGCAAUAUCCCCUCCAACUAUGGCAAGUGUCAUGAAGAACCUUUAUGCCCUGAAUGAAGAAUAUUCCAAGUUAAACCCACAUUUGUUCUCACGCUACCUUCCCAACAUCCUCCCUCCCACUGAUCCAGCUUUGUUAGAUCAGUACGCAGAGGAGGCCCACCAAAUACAGGAACACAUAGCUGGCAGGAAUGAUUUUAAAAGCCACGAGUCGAGUCGGAAACGUGUAUUUGAAGAUGACAUUUCAGUGAAUUAA